CCGACCUGGAUAUCUACAGCUGGGGAGCAGUCUGCCUUUUAAUACCAUGGAUUUGAGUUCGACUAUGCACCGCGCGUGUGCUCAUCUUCAGCGGAUAGCCCUUCGCCCUGAGGGCGGGUGUACAGCGAGUGUGAUGUCCCUCUGGUCCGCUGGGUUGUGACGCGAGGAGGGGCUUGCUAAGCAGCCUGAUGGACAGUAUCGAUGACUUAGCAAUCAAAACCACAACUGAAUAUCCUCUGUAUGCAACUGUAUUGCCUCCAUUCGUCCUGCCCGCUUUCUUGUUUACUUCCUGAAACUGGAUAUCCCUCUCAAGUUUGUCGUAACAUCACCGUUUUUGAGAGACAACAGUAUUUGCAUCUCUGGAGCGAGGAAGUGGAGCUACGUCAAGCUAGCCGCACUCGAUCGAGAUAAGACCGGACGUUGGGUGACGUUGCCUUCGCAAUAAAGGUGCCUAACGUAUUUGUUUUUUACAUUAAAUAACGACGUUUGGGAUUAAACCGGCACGUAACGCGAAGAUGAAAACGACAGCGCGCUGCUGAACAGCGACAGAGACCUCCACCUUUACGUUCACGUGGUACUCGCGUCGCCAUUCGUUUUAUUUUGAAAACCGCGAGCGGCAGUCGUGCUCCCUCCUGCCGUUUUGACACUUAUAGGAAGUGGGAUGUGGCCAGGUUGUAUUUAUGCUUCUGUUUUAAGAUAUGAAAAUCAUUGAAUUGACGCUGCUUCGGGAGCCCUGUUUCACUAGCGGCCACAGCGGGGAUUACAACCGUGUCUCCGUCCGUCAGCGUGCCGGUUGUCGGCGGUCGAAGGCGGCGAACACGAGCGGAGCUGCGGUGCUGGUUUCGUCUGGACUGGACCACUUCCAUGAGGGCUUCUCCACCUCACGCCCUAACGAUCCGUGCGCGCGGCUGUGUUUUGUGCUUACGUAAUAACAGCAUGUGAAUCGAUAUCGAUUACUUUUUUUAUUUUAUAUUUUUUCUUGGACAAAGACGUAACGCACAAUAUAUAUACAUAUAUAUAUAUAUAUGUAUAUAUAUAUACAUAUUGCAACAAAAUACUAUUUUGUUGCAAAUGUCAACAACUCAGCGUCAAGUGAUGAUGGACUCGUCUCUGGCUCUCGGAAGACUGGAGCUGACCCCCGGGUCAGGCGCCGUCGGGGUCAGCCUCUCCCCGCGGCGGCUCUCCGGCGGCCACCCCGGGAAAGAGACGUGCGGUCAGCGGCCACCGGGGCCCCACGGCCAGGCUCACCUGAACGGCUGCGUCCCGCUGUCACACCAGGUGGCGGGGCACAAGUACGGAGUAGAUACAGUGGGCAUCCUGCAGCAUCCGGACGGGACGGUCCUGAAGCAGCUCCAGCCUCCGCCCCGAGGGCCCCGGGAGAUGCAGUUCUACAGCAUGGUGUAUGCAGAGGACUGCUGUGACCCAUGCCUUCUGCAGCUCCAGAAUCAUCUGCCCAAGUACUACGGCACCUGGUCCUCUCCGGACAGCCCCAAUGACCUGUACCUGAAGCUGGAGGACGUGACGCGGCGCUUCGCCCGGCCGUGCAUCAUGGACGUGAAGCUGGGCCAGCGCAGCUACGACCCGUUCGCCUCGCAGGAGAAGCGCGAGCAGCAGAUCCGGAAGUACCCGCUGAUGGAGGAGAUCGGCUUCCUGGUCCUCGGCAUGCGGGUGUACAAGAUGUGCAGCGACACGUUUGACUCGUACGACCAGCACUACGGGAGAGGGCUGGGCCCGGGCUCCAUCAAAGACGGCCUGGCUAACUUCUUCCACAACGGCGUGCGGCUGAGGAAGGACGCCGUGUCCUCGAGCAUCCACAGAGUCCAGUGCAUCCUCCGCUGGUUCGAGUCCCAGCAGCAGAUGGUGUUCUACGCCAGCUCCCUGCUCUUCGUCUACGAGGGGCUCCCCUACUCUUCCUCCUCCUCCUCCCUGUCGUCCCUCCUCAGCAGCCCGUCCGUCAGCCCCACCGGCGCGGACACCGCCACGCUGUCGUCGCCGGGCGGCGAGGGGAGAGCGCGGCUGGGCGAGGACGAGGAGGUGGCCGAGUACAACAACAACAACAUCCGGGUGGCGGCGCCCUGGGACUGCAGCCUGGCCAGCAUCUACACCAACCACAGGAAGGAGGGCCACCACCACCACCGCUGUGCCAGGGGCCGUCUCUGUGGCAACGGCGAUGCCGGCGGGACGCCGGCGAGCCCGGAGCUCUCGCCGCUGUGCGGCGAGGACAACUCGGCGUGGAAACGAACUGAAGCGCCGCCCAACGGCAACGGAAACAAAUCGCAACUGGAAGGAGAGGAGGAGGAGGAGGAGGAUGGAGGAGGGGUGAGGCGAGAGGAGGAGGAGGAGCUUCAAGGACGGGGGACAGAGGGGAGCGGAGAGGAGGAGGAGGAGGAGGAGGUGGAGGUCAGGAUGAUCGACUUUGCACAUGUUUUCCCCAACGAGAGCCACGACCACGGAUACAUCUACGGCCUCAAGCACCUGCUGACGGUGCUGGAGCAGAUCCUGUGUGACGCCGCCUAGAGCGCGACCUCCACCCGACCUCCUCCUGACCUCCACCCGACCUCCUCCUGACCUCCUGCUCAGUGAACAACAAAGUCUCCCAUUGCCAACUUCGCUCUCUCUCCUCAGAAGACACUUUCAAAGGAGAGGGGGAAGAAUCAAAAGAGUGAAUAUUAUAAACAGAGCCAUCGUCAUCAUCAUCUCACCUGUUUGUGACGAUCUGUCAGGCCUCUCUCUCUGUCUCUCUCUCUCUCUCUGUGUGUUUCCCUGUGAUCAGCAGCAUUUCGUGCCUCAUCGAGCCGUGAAGGCGACCCGCUGCUUCAACAGGACCUGCUGACGCUCUACAAUGUCACGUGACUCCCCCACUCAUAGAAAAUAGGCUGUAAUGAAAAAAAAGUAAAGCACACAUCUCAAGUUGGGUCUGUGGAGGCCAUAUGAAGAUAUAUGUGGCGAGCUGAUGGGAAUCCGUUCGUCUCGACCAGUUAUACGGAGCAGGUUUUAUAUAAUAUGAACAUUGAGGGAAAAAACGGUCCUCUACUUACACGAGUUAUGGAUCAAAUCUUUCAUCACAGUACAAGUGAUAUUAUUCUGACUGGAUAUGAUGGAAGAUUUGAGAAGUCUGCAUACCUUCUAGAACACAGCACUCCAAACAUUAUCCGUGUGUCCACAGUUGAUUGGAUUGCAGAUGACUAACGAGGCGGGGCUUCUGAUUGGUCUGUGCUCUCUGGGCCGAUGCGUCUGGAGAGGUUCUGUCAGUCGGGUCGUCAUUUAUUGUUUCUGUUCAAACGGCGUCUUCAGGUUUCUAACUCAGGUGAAUUUACUGUAAGAGAAAAUGCGUAAUACUACUACGACUACGAGUACUGCUACUACUAUUAGUACUAGGAGUCGUACCCUCAGCGAGACGAUGCUCACGCUGACUGGUUGUUCUAAACGAUUGUUUUAUAAAGUCUUAUCUCAUGAUUGUCCUUAUCUCAUCGUCGCUGACCUUCAUGUCCACCUCACAAUGACCUUCCACAUUGUGUAUAUGUGUGUAUAUAUUUAUAUAUAUAAUUUUUUUUUUUACCCAUGGCUGUUUUAUUGUUCAUGUGUUUGACUGCCAACCUCCCCCCCCCCCGCUCCGUUUUAAUAUUAUAUUGCUGACGUCAUACCGUGUGCCAGCAUUUUAUUCUGUUUUUUAUAAAACUACUAACAUCUAAAGGUAACAUUGCUCAUGGGGCAGUACCCUCACUCACGCAUCACCCAUGAGCUGCUCUCUGGGUUUAGGUUAUUACAGUGUAAUGACGUAGUUAUAACUGGGCAUGAACUGGGACGUCGGCCAUGGAGAGAUGAUUGUUUACCUCCUGUGGGGGGAGGGGGUGUGCGUCAUGUGAUGCAUGAAGUGCUGAUUGGUCGAUGGCGUGACGAGGGGUUAAAGAUUGUAGUGAAUAGAAACGUGCUGCUUUAAGUCGACUGAAUGGGCUCAUGUCACGGAGAGGUUCUUCAGCUCCAGAGCCGGGUCCCUUCUCCGGGUCCUGUUGCUCUUUUUCUUUCCAGUCAGACUCGUAGAUAUUAUUCUGAUGUUUCCAUCCCGUGUGUGUGUGUGUGUGUGUGUGUGUGUGUGUGUGUGUGUCCCCAGGGUUUAUUGAGACUGUAUUAAGACCAAAGCUUUCCACUGGCACCAGUGAGCUUCAUUUAGCGGUGGGCUAAUUUAAAAAAAAUAAUAUCUCCAGUGUUUCUCAUGCCUUCGUCAUCUCGUUUUCCCCAUCGAGCUUUAUUAAUAGCCAGCAUCAUAUCACGUCUCCUGGAGCCUUCAGACGCGGGGGGGAAUAACUCGGGAUGAGAUUUAUUUCCUCCAAAGUGCCGUUUCCAUUUCCUCCGACGAGCGUUCACCGUUCAGUCCAAACGAGUCGUGGGUUUGAACCAAUGAUAUGCACAGGUGUCAGUCCAUGUAGCUUAUAUGAAUAUAAUGAACAGUAUGAAAUUCACCAUCUUUUGUCAUCUAACUCCAUUAACUUGUGUUUUGAUUUUUAGAAUAUACAAUUUUCUCUUUUUUUUUUUUUUUUCUUCAGAAAACUCAUUUGUUUGAAAUAAUCAAUGUACAGUUAAGUUGUUUUAGUUUUUAAAGGAUGUUUACAGGAGUUGGAGAAUUGCAUUUUAUUCUUUUUUUAAAAAUCACUGCCUUUUCUGUUCUCUCAAUGUCCAUAAUUUGAAUAUUGAUCAUUCCGGCAGCUUUGUGACUCGCCUGUUGUGUCGUGGUCACCAACAAAAUAACCACACCAUGCAUUUGUAUCCUGGGCAUUGUUGACAAAGGGACUCACAGGGCAAAGGUCGGCUGUCACUGAGGCCGGGGUUCGAUUCUUUUUGUACUCCUUUACGCUGCAGCAGUCGGGGUGCGCAGGGUGCUCAUUACGUGUUCCCAGGCCACAUCCUGUCUGCCUUUUUCUGUUUUACAGGCUUCUUUAAAUGCAAACCAAUUAGGAACAAGGGUGUGUGAUUGUGUGUGUGUGAGAGCGUUCUAAUAUCAAUUCAGUCAUA